GUUUCCUGCUGGACAGCUCUGUGACAGCUGGCAAAAAAAGUCCAGUUCCGGGACUCUCCUCGGCUCAGCUCUUCAAACCUCCAUCCUCUCAGUGCUGACUGGCACUGAUCUCAAUCGGCUCUCAGAUAGCCAUUCUCCUUUCAGCGCUUAGGCUCAGAGUGUAGGAGGGACUCAAGUAAAAGCUCCUCACUACCACAGCAUCGUGCAGCAGGAGAAGGGUGGGGAUUGGAUCCAUUCAAAGCUUUUCUCAAGGCUUUUCUUAUCUCUCCGAGGCGCGUGUGGUCUCGUCCGCCCUGGUGUUGCGGAAGAAGAAGAUGAGUCGACCGGUAUGCUGCGCGGAUGGUGUGGAGUGAAAACACGGCGGAGGUAAGGCUCAGAGUGAACCCUCGGGUGGCGAAUGGCUUCUGCAGGGCAGCUUUCUGAGGACGAAGGGGGCAAAGAGCCCGACAUUCCUGGUGUCCUUGAUCGGGUUUCCUUCGCGCUGCACGCCCGUAAGUCUGGUGGAUCGACAGGAGAUGCGCCCCCUUGGGACGGGGUCGGAAUUCCGGGCAGAAGCAGCCACUUGUGUGUUUCAGCGCAGAGGACAGUGCCACGCAGGGCGGCCGCUGAGGGGAGGAUCGGCCCCCUCGUUGAGCCGAAAAUCCGAAUUUGUUGCAAUGAGGAGUUGGAGACAUCUUUUACUAUUAUUGAUGAAAAUGUGAACCUGCGGUUGGGCAGCCCGGACAGCAGCUGUAAAAGUACUCUGUGGCCUGUGCGCAACGAGGAGCCGUGUUCCGAGACUUUCCAGGAAAUGUCUUUCAUUUCUGAGGAUGACCUGUCCUUCACGGAGAGCUCUGGGACUUCUGUAGACUACGGCUUCAUCAGCGCAGUCACGUUCCUGGUGACAGGGAUCUCGCUGGUGAUCAUCUCCUACACAGUGCCUCGGGACGUGGUGGUGGACCGUGACAUUGUGUCGGCGCGCGAGAUGGAGAGACUGGAGAUGGAGAGCGCGCGGAUCGGCGCCCACCUGGACCGCUGCGUCAUAGCCGGGCUUUGCCUGCUCACUUUGGGUGGCGUGGUGCUCUCCACGCUGCUGAUGAUCUCCAUGUGGAAGGGGGAGAUGUACAGGAGGAAGCUCGUGGCUUUCUCCAAACGUUCGGCCAAACUGUAUGGCUCCAUCAGCCUUAAAACCAGGUCCAGUCCGAGCCACUCCUCUGCGCACCUGUCUUUAGAGGAGGAAGCAGUAGAAAUUUGGAAUUGAGUUGCUGUUCUGUUUCUGCAAAUAGCCUCUGUUUAAAUGAGGAUUAAUGCCAUUCACACACUUUUUUCUGCCUGUGUGUGUGUGUGUGUGUGUGUGUGUGUGUGUGUGUGUGUGUGUGUGUGUGUGUGUGUGUGUGUUAGAAAUUAUCUCAUAAACAGAGGACAUACGUUAUUGAAACUCUCACAAUGAAAUCACUGGCUUUACAUGUGAUUACCUUUUGAGGACAAGUUUAAGAUGGCUGCCACAGCUAUUUGAAAAAAGAUGGCUAUUAAUCAGUCAGUUUUACAGAUAUUGAGCUGAAAUUUGGUGUGGUGUUAGCUGAGAGUUAUGAACACAUAAAGUACUUUGAGUGCUAAUA